AUGUCAAGUGAAGCAAACAAGCCUCUCCACCUUUUCAUUGCCCGUUCUUCUGGUGCUUCUAAAGGUGAUACCGAAGCCACAAAAACCUUUCUCAAGAGGAGUCUCGAGUAUACUCGUCAGGUAUAUGAAGAGGAAUUUGGGCUGCUAGAUCCAGAUCUUGUCUUCUUCUGGGUUUUUAUCCAGAGCUCGAACCGGCCAUUCAGUGGCCAGGGAGAGACCCGCACUACAAUUCGCAAGAUCCUUGAGCGAGGCAAGAGUGAAAAUCGCCCUGUCGUCUUGGUUAUUAAUGGGUGGGAUGGUCUAUCUACCAGUCCGGUAGCAUUAACCAACCUCCUUGGACCAUAUGUCGAUCAGGUGAAUAUCACUCUAGAGAUGUUUGUGGAGACCCCAAGGCGUUUCCGCAAAGUCUCUGUGCCAGAUGCUCUUCGGGUGCUAAGCGAUGAGUACGAGGGAGAGUUCAAUGAUCUGGUCUUGCCCCAUAGCACUCUUGAAUUCUGCCGGAAGGUUAACGUGAUUCGCAUCAUCAAGAUGAACCUCUCUGAGAACAAUGCAAGGCUCAAGGAAGAGAGCGAAGGUUGCAACAUAAUUCCUGACACGGAGGAUAAGUGGCCAUGUCCAAUCUGUGAACAACCCUUCAGAACCUCCGCGCGGCUUAAUAGCCAUACUCACAGCGUCCAUCCUACUAAAUCUGAGCAAAAGAACUUGUUUUGCCCUCACUGUGGUGAACAGUUUAGUCGCAAGGAUCAUAAGGACGACCAUGUUGAGGCUAUAAUCUGCAAAGAGCACCCGGGGUACAACGCGAAGCAAGCUGCAAAGCAAGCUGAGCAAGAAGCUGGGAACCCUGCGCCGAAGCGUGCAUCUCGUGGUACCAAAAGGACACGAACGCAACGCCGCACGGAAGAGGCUACUAGCUCAGACGGCGCCGCUCCAUCCUAUUAUGAUAUCAAGGCCAACACAGCGAAUUUUCCCCCCGUGGAUAUAUCGUUGCCGGAGGCUGAGCGUGUCAUUUAUAGGGAUGAGGUCUGGUGCAGAUACCCAGGCUGUUGUCACCCUCACCAAUUUUCCUCGCCCUCGAAGCUCCGCACGCACUAUAGAACGAUACAUAAUUUCCUGUACCCUGCUCAGGGUAGAUCUCCUCAGAAGGACAGAGUGUGCUAUGAGCAGGCAGGUUUGAAGUAUCUUGCUAAGUGUGCGCACUUUGGCUGGCAGAAUGUCGAUCCCGCACCGGAUCCGUCGUCAGUGCCGCCAGUGCGACUAGCGAAGAGGGCCCGGACAACUGCCAAGGGCGAUGACGACGCUAGUGGAGGGGAUUCGGUCGAUAGAGGUAACCCAACUGGCCCUCCUGACUGA